AUGUUAGAAUGUGACAAUGGAAUGUGGUUCAUGGUCGUUUAUGAGUCGAUUAAGAAUAAUAAACAAACACAACAACAAGCCUUUGAAAUCAGAACAAUUAAAAUCUUGGCGUCUUUUGUAUUGUAUCGCUUAUCAAAUUCGAAUUGUUAUCAACUCAAUUUUCAUUACGAACUCUUCAGCUGUUAG